AUGUCUAAAGACACGGAGGCCAAGAGCGAGGAGAUUAUGGAGUCGAAGGUGCUCUGGUACCCGGACUCCAAGCGAAACACACAGACGGACCGAUUCCGAACUCUGGUUAACCGGGAAUUCGGCUUGAACCUGGCAAACUAUAAUGACCUAUACCAGUGGUCUGUGGACAGUUAUCCUGAGUUCUGGGCACAGGUUUGGAAAUUCUGUGGAAUCACCUGCUCAAAGAUGUAUGAGGAAGUGGUUGAUGUGUCGAAAAGGAUAUCAGAUGUACCCGAGUGGUUUAAAGGCAGCAGACUGAAUUAUGCAGAGAACCUGCUCAAACACAAAGACCAGGACAAAGUGGCGCUUUAUGCUGCAAGUGAAGCGAAAGAAGAGAUAGUCAAGGUGACUUUCGGUGAGCUGAGACGUGAUGUCGCUCUCUUCGCUGCCGCCAUGAGGAAGAUGGGCAUCAAAAUUGGAGACCGGGUCGUAGGAUAUUUGCCCAAUGGGGUUCAUGCUGUGGAGGCCAUGCUCGCUGCUGCCAGUAUUGGUGCCAUCUGGAGUUCAACCUCUCCAGAUUUUGGUGUCAAUGGAGUUCUAGACAGGAUCUCUCAGAUUCAGCCCAAGCUGAUAUUCUCAGUAGCAGCUGUUGUGUAUAACGGAAAACAGCAUGACCAUAUGGAGAAACUCCAGAACGUUGUUAAAGGCCUCCCUGACCUGAAGAAGGUUGUGGUUAUUCCAUAUGUUCGCUCUAGACAAGAGACUGAUCUCUCCAAGAUUCCCAACAGUGUUUUCCUGGAGGACUUUUUAGCCACCGGUAAAGAAGGGGAUCAGGACCCUCAGCUGGAGUUUGAGCAGCUGCCCUUUUCUCAUCCUCUCUUCAUCAUGUACUCCUCUGGAACCACAGGAGCUCCCAAAUGCAUGGUUCAUUCUGCUGGGGGCACUCUCAUCCAGCAUCUUAAAGAACAUAUUCUCCAUGGCAACAUGACCUUCAAUGAUGUCAUCAUAUAUUACACUACAACGGGCUGGAUGAUGUGGAACUGGCUGAUUUCCUCUCUUGCUGUUGGAGCUUCUGUGGUCUUGUACGAUGGCUCUCCUCUUGUUCCCAGUGCCAAUGUGCUGUGGGACCUUGUGGACCGUCUUGGAAUCACAAUUUUUGGGACUGGAGCGAAAUGGCUGGCUGUGUUGGAAGAGAGAGAUCAAAAACCAGCAAGCACACACAGCCUGCAGACCCUCCACACACUCCUGUCUACAGGAUCCCCACUGAAGCCCCAGAGCUAUGAAUAUGUGUACAGCUGUAUUAAGAACAACGUGCUCCUGGGAUCUAUAUCAGGUGGCACAGACAUCAUUUCAUGCUUCAUGGGUCAGAACAUGACGGUGCCUGUUUACAGAGGAGAAAUUCAGGCCCGAAAUCUGGGCAUGGCCGUCGAGUCCUGGAGCUGUGAAGGUAAGCCUGUGUGGGGUGAAAGCGGUGAGCUGGUGUGUUUGAAGCCCAUCCCGUGCCAGCCCACUCAUUUCUGGAAUGACGAAAACGGCAGCAAAUACCACAAAGCCUACUUUUCCACCUUCCCAGGAGUCUGGGCCCACGGUGAUUACUGUAAAAUCAACCCAAAAACAGGAGGAGUCGUCAUGCUGGGGAGAAGUGAUGGAACCUUGAAUCCUAAUGGUGUUCGGUUUGGGAGCUCUGAAAUUUAUAAUAUAGUUGAAGCCUUUGACGAAGUGUCCGACAGCCUUUGUGUCCCUCAGUACAACAGUGACGGAGAAGAGAGGGUGAUUCUGUUUUUGAAAAUGGGACCCAAUAAGAGCUUUAGCCAGGAGCUAGUAGGAAAGAUCCGUGGUGCUAUUAGAGUAGCUCUCUCUGCACGACACGUACCAGCCUUGAUACUGGAGACCAAAGACAUCCCGUACACUAUCAGCGGAAAGAAGGUGGAAGUUGCAGUAAAGCAGGUGAUUGCAGGUAAGGAAGUCACUCAGCGAGGGGCCUUCUCAAACCCAGACUCUUUGGACCUUUACAAGAACCUACCUGAACUCCAGAACUUCUGAGGUACUCAUGCAGAUUCCGUUCAAAGGAACGUCUAUUGGACCAUUUGGAGGGAAUUAAACAUUGAAGCUUUUUCUGCACAUUGUGGCACUUACGCAAACUUCACUGGAGCCAAUGGAGUUUGAACACGCAACACCUUCCCAGAAGUGUUCCUCUUGGGUAGAAAGUUGAGAAUGGCAUUUUAGGAGAUUGCAGUCGGGAUUUCAAAGGGACGUUUUAUCUGCUUUCUGUUAUUGUGUUAUUCCCCAGAGAUGUACAUCACAAGAAAUUCCCAAAUCUGAUUUCCUAAAGGGUUAGUUCACCCCAAAAUGAAAGUUUGGUUAUUAAUUACUCAAUGUCAUGUUGUUUCAAUCACUUGAGAUGUUUGUUCACCUUCUGAAGAAAUUAUAGAUGAAAUCCAAGAGCUCUCAGACACUCUAUAGCAGUGUUUCUCAACCAUGUACCUAGAGGACCACUAGCUCUGCACAUUUUCCAGGUCUCCUUAACCAAACACACCUGAUUCAGAUCAUCAGCUCAUUAGCAGAGACUGAAAAGCCUGAAAUGGGUUUGACAGACAAAGGAGACAUCCAAAACAUGCAGUGCUGGUGGUCCCCCAGAAAUGUGGUUGAGAAACACUGCUAUUUAGACAGAAAUACAGACCAAAACAUUAUCAAAACCUUCCAUCUAACGUCAAUGAUUCAACUGUGACACGAAGCUGCAAGAACAUUUUCGUGCACCCAAAAAAAAACUAAAAAAUGACUUGUUGACGUCAUGAUUUGCAUGUUUACUCUAGGAAAUCUGCCAUUUGUGUGUUGUGCAACUGACUCUUAUGUGGUAAACGCAUACCCUUGCCUAAAGUAGAACAAAAGAGAUUGGUGAACAUGGCUGUUUUUACAGUUUUUUUGCUGCACAACUGUGUUCUUGAAGCUUUGUAUGAUCACAGUUAAACCACUGAAUUCACAUGGAAUGUUUCGGUCUAUAUUUGUGUUCUGAAGAUGAAUGGUCUCAGGGUAUUGAAACAACAUAAGGGUGAAUAAUUAUUAAUGAAUAGUUGAGUGAACUAACCCUUAUCUCCAAUGUCAGUCCCAUAGUUUACCUCUCAUGUUUGGAUGCAUUGGUACCUUAACCUUAAUGAAGGUGUUGGCAAAUUUGUCCAUGAUUCGUUCAAUGCUUAAAAAUGACCAAAUUUAUGAGUUCAUCAGUCUGAUAUGUUACUGAAAUAUGGUGUUUUUUCACUUGUGGUAGCCAUUUCUCCAGUAGAAAUACUGACUUCUUGGGACAAACCAGCCAUUUUACGAAAACCGCAUUUCCCCAGUUGGUACGAAAUGUUGCCAUAAUAAAGUCAAUGCGACUUUUUUCCAAUUCCAGUUUAGAAACAUGACCAGAAGUGUAUUUUUUGGAAGCUAUCUAAUCAGUAAAUAGUGUUUCGUCACAUCUGCUGAAUUUCUAGAGUAUAUCACACUGUCCAGCACUGGAUUGAAUCUCAUAUAGGCCAAAAAUUCUUGUAGAUUCUUGUAUAUUUUUACAUACAUACUGUAUAUAUUGUGUGCAGCUGCAUGUUGCGUGCUACACUAUACCCUCCCUCCUUUUACAAUGACACUACUUGGUUCUUUCGGUACGCCUUAUAUAAGCUUGUGAAAAGUUUUGAUCAACAGCCGAAGCUCAUCUUCAUUCUUUGAGCCAUUCUUUGGUGUAUAGCUUUAUCUCUGCCGUCCCCAAACACGUCGGCUUGCAAUCUAAUUCUACAUGUGUCUCAUCUACACGUUCAGAGACUGUCGCUGUAGGCAUUGCCUGUAUGGGAUUCCUCUAUUACAUUUUACCCCAAUGCAUUUUUCAUCAGGAUGCUGCACGCAUACGAAAAAGUAGUGUUUAUAUUUUGCUACCAGAAUCCGUAAGAUGGUUCCAAUGACAUUAUAUUCAGAUAAGCGUGUAUUAUUACAUUAGAUCACCAGAUUAUAUACAUAAUUUAUAUUUUCGCAUUAGGAUUAAAGGGAAGAAAUGUGCAAAGUUCAGAUGUAUAGGAUCUAAUCUGGAAGUUGUUUUUAUUUUAUCACAUGGAUUCUUGCAGUUUCAGUUGCAUCUGAAACUGAUGGUGCGUCCCAAUUCACAUACUUGCACUACAGCCCUAAAAGUAUUAAAUUUGUUUUGUAUAGGAAAAGUACCUACUUUUGAGUGUGUAACAGAAGAGUAUGCAAGCUUUGGCAUAUACUACUUCCUCAUUAACAGAUCGCUAUGUUGCUUGGUUAUGAGCCCUGUCAAUCAUCUCAACACAUCAUCCACAUUUCUUUCAUAUUUAAUUACCUACAUUAGAGAAGCAACAACAGGUUAAUCUGCCAUUUGCAAGGGUUUCAUGCAGAAAAAUCUUUGGGUAAUUAUGCAUUCAGAUGUUAAUAUCCAAACAUAUCUUGAUAUAAGUUCACAUUGUUGUUACAGAUGAAAUAUCACACAGAAAAUGUGGUUUAAAUAUGUUUCAGUUGGCUAGAUAUUGAUUUAUAGUCAUUCAAACAACUUCACCGAAGCCUUUCUACUUGAUGGUUGAACACCAUGUUUGUAGUUUGUUUACACUUUUCACCCUAAUUUGUAGUUCUAAAAUUUCACGUUCAACGCACAAUGUAUUUUGGGCAAUAUUAGCGGUUAGAGUAUAGACCAUUCUACUCUUCGAAUUUUUAUCCGAAAUAGUAAACAAUCCCGGUACCUUUGGCAUUCUCUUUUCAACAUACUAUGGUUUGGGAUAUACGAAUUCUAUUUUAGAAAACUAUUUAGGAUGCAUAGUAUGCAAAUUGGGACACAGCAUCUCUGUUUGUCCUCAGAACUGAGUUUAUAUCUCACAAAUUUGAGUUCUAAACUCUUUAAAUGCAAGUUCAAAUCUAACAGUUGUGCUUUUAUUUCGCAAAAUUGCUGUUUGUGUUUUCUGAAUUUCAAGAUUAGCACUUAAAAUUAACAUUGUGAUAGAAAAACUCAAAGCAAAAAAAGACAUCAGAAUAGACUCACAAUUAAAAAAGCCCAUAAAUUAAAAUGUUUAAGCUUGUUAGCUCACAAUUCUGAGGAAAAAACUAAAUUGUGAGUUUAUUUCUCACAGUUUUGUCCUUUUUCCCUUUGUAAAUUAAAGUUAGAUUUAGGAUUCUUUUUUUUUUUUUAACCCUGUGACUGAAUGAGUCCAUAAAAUAAUCUAAAACUGCAAAGAAAAAUAGCAAAAACUGAUUUAUGUUGUAUCAGAUUCAAGCUGUUUGACGUGUACUGAUGAUGCAUUAUACUUGCUUUGCAGCAUAUCACAGAAACAUUUAUCAACACAUUUCACAGUAACCGACUUCAGCAGGCCGCCAUCCAGAAAAUAUUGUUUUUGGUGACAUUGAGAAAGGAUAUGCUGCAACCGCUCACAACCAAGCCAGAAAAAGUGCUGCGUUUUAAUCAUUUUAAAAUAAUUCUGUGCUAGUAAUGUUAUUUCAGCAGUUGUUUACAACUGAGAAGCUUUACAGGCUAGUAUUGAAGUACAUUUCAUGUUUUUAUGGGUCAUAUUUUUUGGGAGCUGCACAUUGUCUUUUAUUUUUGGGGUGAUUUCGUCUCCUUUUGAACAUGGGUCUGUUUGCUUCUGGUAUAAUGUAAUCUGGGUUUGUCGCAUGUUUGGAAAUAUUUAAAGCUUUGAGUAAAUCAAUUUGACCUCAGUGAGGAUUAUUUUAAAACAAACUAUGUACUACAGACUGACAGUGUUCAUUUGCAGUUUUCUGUAUUGUGUGAUUCAGGUUUUUUCUGUUUAAACAACAUUUUAAGUUGAAAAAACAAAACAAAAUGACAUUUUUAAUAGUUUGAAAUAGUAUAUUUUCUGGGAUGAUCAUGUUAAUUUAUGUACAAAACAGCCCAGCAAGCAUUUUUUGUUUUUAAAAGACUAAAACAAGGCUAAAUUUGGGCUGUCAGCGAAAAAUCGUGUAGAUGUCUAAGAAUAGGCCAAAACUUUCAAAUAAACAGAAAUGAAUAACUACACAUAUAAAGUCUGUCUAAUCUGUUUGACGACUAGUCUAGUUUUGGGCUAUUCUUAGAUGUCAAUUAGAUGUUCACUUCUACACUGAACAUUUUAGCCUUGUUUUAGCUAAGCUGUCGACGUUUAGAUGUCUAUUAGACGUCUGUUAAAUGCAAAAUAGUUUGCUGGGAGAUUAUUCACCUAUCAGUACUUUUGCCUGUUAUUUUGCAUAAUUAUUUCAAUAAAUUAUUCCUCAUACAUUGUUUUACAUGAAUAAAACUAUUUUUCUGCAAUCAAAAAAAAAAUAUGUUGAAACUGUUUAUUUUAAAUAAGUUUUAAAAAAAUAUAUACAAUUCUUAAGAUUUUUUAUGUUCAAUCCGCUUAAAUUUGUAAAAACUAUUAAGUUAAAUUAAUCAAUUUGAGCUGGAACUACAUGAAAAAAUGUUGUGGAAGCCAGCAUUUUUUACACAAAUUGUUAGGUCCUAAUACAAUUUAACUGCAUAAAUGAACAGAAAGCUCCUCACUAAAUAUAGAAACUGUUUAUUAACAGAUUUUUAUACAUUAUAAGAAUCUAGUGUGACCCUAGCCAUAUUCACAAAACUGAAAUUCUGUACUGGCCCUUUAAAACGACUUGUUCUCCUCUUAGAAUGAGAUGGUUUGGUGUAGUGGUGCAGAUGGCAAGCAGUUGUUUGGAUCGCUUGAAUUAAAUCAGUCCUUAUUUCCGCUUCAGACAAGCAGAGACUGGUCUGUUUCACCUCAUGCCCACCCUUGUGCCACCAUAUGCCCCAUAUCUGCUCAGUUUUGCUGACAGGACUCGACGGACAUGGGAAAGCUAUGGCGAAUCUAUAUUCAUUGAUGCUCACUGUGGAUUUCACUGUAUUUGUCGCAAACAUUUUUUUGUCCCCCAAUGUUUAUUUAAUUUUUCAGCGCUCUCGGCAAUUUCAUGAACAUUCCAUGGAGGACUAUUCCAUUUUGUUACAGUGUUGUUGUUUUCUUUUUGAUACAUGGAAAUCGUUUUUGUUUAGGACCUUAAAAUUGUAUUACAUUAAAUGUAUUUGGUGUAUUACUAGUCAAUGACAGGUGCUCUCUUCUCGGUGACUAAUGUACUAUUCCUGCUUUGAAAUAAUAUUAUUGUACAUCGCUGAAUGUGAAGAAUGAUUACUAAUAUGGUCAAGAAUAUAUUUGUCUGGAAUAUAUUAUGCCUGUAUAGUGUAUAUGAGUGGACAUCUUAAGUUGUCCGAUAAUCGCAUACAUGUAUUUCAUGUAUAAAGAUGCUUAUUGUAGUCCCAAUUAAACAGCUGAGAAUUCAUAA